UAAAUAAUUAAAUGGCAAGAGGUACACCAGCAAUCGGUAAAAGACAUCAAAAGACCCACACAUUCUGCAAAAGAUGUGGUAGAUAAACCUUUCACAUUUAAAAAAAUAGAUGUGCUUCAUGUGGUUAUCCAGCUGCAAGAUUGAGACUUUGUAUGAAAUUCAAUAAAUACAAUUAUAGAUAGUGGAUGGGGAGAAAAAGUUGCAAGACGCAGAUCAACAGGAACAGGAAGAAUGAGAUAUUUGAAAUCUAUUGCUAGAAGAGCAAAGAAUGGUUUUAGAGCAGGAACUUAAGCAUAACCAAAAGUUAAAGGAACUUAGAAAAAGUGAUUAAAUCAUGCUUUUAUAUAAUGAUUGUACAUUAUUUUUACACAUCUACU